AUGGCCGACGACGACGAGCGCGACGCCAAGAACCCCAUCGUCGAGGAGCCCAAGUCGCACAGCAAGGGCGCGUGGACUUUGGAGGAGGCCAUCGUCGACAUCGACGCCCUCAUCGCCGCCCAGGCGGAGCGGCGCCAGUUCGUCGCGCCGAAGAUCAACUACGCCGGCCGCUGCGGCGCCAUCAUCAUCGGCCUGCUCAUCCCGCUCAUAAUCUUCGCUGUCGCCUUCCUCAGCGCCGACGCGGACUACGUCGCCGAGCCCGGCUACGAGGAGGAGCGCCACGGGCCGGACGACCUCUUCGACGACGCGUGCUACUCGCCGGCGCUCGGCGAGCAGUGGAGCCGCAUCGACGCGCCCUGGCUCGACGACUACGUCGCCGACGCCCGCGCGCGGCGCGCGACGCCCGCGCCGACGCCCGGCCCGACCCGACCGCCGACGACGUCCCCGCCGUCGCUCACGCCCGCGCCGUCGGCGCCGCCGUCGCCCGCGCCGACGACGCCCGCGCCGACGACGCCGGCGCCCACGCCCGCGCCGUCGACGGCGGGCCCGACGUCCGCGUUCCAGCCGAGCGCCGCGCCGACGGCGUCGGCGCCGCCGACGGCCGCGCCGUCCGCGGGUCCGACGGCCGCGCCGACCGCGGGCCCGACGGCCGCGCCCACGUCGGCGCCGACGUCCGUCCCGUCCAGCGCGCCGUCCCUGGCGCCGACCUACGCGACGGUGCCGCCGACCGCGGCGCGCCGCCGCCGCCUCGACGAGGCGGGCGACGACGACGGCGCCGGCAACGCCGACGGCCCCCACGCGCGCGUCUGCCUGCACCGGUCGACCGUGGAGCGGCACCACGGCGGCUGCGAGAGUUACUGCGCGUCCAAGGGCGCGUCGCUCACCUCCCUGCCCGGCCGCGACCGCCGCGCGUUCGACUACUGGCUGUCGCUCUUCGUCUCCUCCGGCGCCGUCUACGGGGGCCUGUGCCAGGGCGACGAGGGCACGGCGCAGACGGACUGGGCGGCCGUCGACACCAUGAAGCAGCGCAUCUUCGGCUACGUCGGCGCGCACCACGGCCGCAUGGGCAAGCUCGGCAUCGGCCGCAAGGGCAAGGUGAGCCACGAGUGCGGCUGGCUCUGGAGCAACGGCCGCCGCGGCAUGGACUUGGAUUUCGGCGGGCGCAAGUCCUACUACCGGAAGCAGCACAAGGCGGAGAACAGCGACAAGCGGCCCAGCGGAGAACACAAGGAGGUCGCGAACGGCCAGUGCAUCAUCUACGGCACGGGCUGCCAGCGCUUCUCGCGGCCGGGCAAAGGCGAGGACGCGGACGCUGUCUUCUUCUUUUCGCCGAAGAAUUCCAUGGCCGUCGUGUCGCCCUGCCGGAAGCAGCGCAACUGCCUCUGCGAGUACCCCGCGCGGACGUCCGAGGCCUACGAGGACUGGUGGGACGAGGAGUUCCCGGGCGACGCGGGCGGCGCGGUCUUUUCGAGUCUGUGGCUCGUCGUCUGCCUGCUCCUGCCCGUCGGGCUCGCGUGCACGACGGAGGUCCAGAACCUCCAGCACUACGACGACACGGGCCGGCUGACGGGCAAGGAGCGGCUCCGGCGCUUCUGGCAGCUCGCCGUCAAGUUCGCCUACGGCGGCGCGCUGACGGGCCUCGCGGUCGCGCGGCCCUACGCGACCGCGUGCCGCGCGGAGCUCUUCGCGCCGACGAACUGCCUCUUCUGCGCGUGGUCCCUGACGGCGUGCGCGUUCGCGCUCGGCCACGGGCCCUGGGCCUUCGGCACCUGCGGCUCCGCGGCGCCCCUCGACGGGCGCGAGGGCAUCGCCCGGGCGAACAACAAGACCCACCUCGCGGCGAUCCACGCCCGCGCGAAGAUCUUCAACGUCGUCGACGCCAUCGCGACCGUGAUCGUCGCGGUCGUGGGCUUCUGCCUCGCCCUCGCCGAGGCCAUCAUCUCCCAGUGGCGCGUGCCGAACAUGGACCAGGCCGGCUGCUGGCUCCAGAUCUCCUACGCCGUCUACGUCGUCGCCGAGGUCAUCGUCAUGUCGGGCGACAACGAGAAGCGGCAGCGGCAGGUCCGCGCGCUCGGCGUCUGCGACGUCCUCGCCCAGCGCCUCGGGUCCCGCGAGUCGACGCUGGCCGUCGUCGCCACGGACCUCGCGGACUACGUGAAGCGCCUCGGCGAGAGGCGCGUCCGCGACAUCGAGGCGACCGGCGCGUCGGGCGCGGCUAUGGCGGACUUCAAGCUCCCGGCGCAGCGCAAGGAGGUCAAGGCCAUGGUCCGCGUCUUCGACCUCUUCUUCGACGAGAUCAACCGCCAGGAGAACGGCUCCUACCGCUUCCUCCACGUCGGCGGCCUCAGCGCCGCGGAGACGGAGGCGCUCGCGGCGUUCCACGAGUCCACGGGCGCGUACCUCGCGCACGACGUCGCCUGGGCGAGGAAGCACGCGGAGCAGCUCAAGCAGUCCUACUACGAGACCUGCCGCGCGCACAAGCACUUGUACUUCGAGACGCACCAGCGCAUCCAGGAGGACGAGCGCGCGAUCUACAACCGCGUCGUCAAGGACACGCUCGAGAAGAUGGUCGUCAUCGCCGACGGCGGCCGCGGCCGCGACGCGGACGGCAACGUCAACAAGGCCCGGCAGCCCGAGCCCCACGACCUCGGGGGCCUCUACAGCGGCGCGUGCCGCGUCCGCGACAAGUACGUGGCCUUCCUGACGAAGCUCGCGGACAAGUCCAAGGGCACGUACAUGAAGUGCACCAUCAAGGGGUUCUGGCGCAUCGCGGAGAAGAUGGGCAUGCACCCCGACGGCGGCGGCUACGACCGGGCCCACGUCGCCGAGCUAUUGGACGUCGUCCGGGGCUCGCUCCGCUUCGAGAACAUGAAGCACCUCCAGAACGCGCUCCUCCUGCUCCAGUGCUGCGACGUCACGGACGCCGACACGCCGGACGUCGUCAUGGACCAGCGCAUCGAGAUCGUCCGCGUCAAGAACCGCUUCAUCGAGCCCACGUCCGGCGGCUGGGCCGACGCGAUGAUCAACUUCCGCUUCGUGUCGUCGGACAAGCGGUGGACCCACGGCGCGGGCGACGUCGGCCACAUCUGCGAGCUCCAGCUCAUCCACAACGACAUGCUCAUGGUGCGCAAGGACUGGGGCGCCCACGAGAGCUACUCCAUCUUCCGCACGUCGAUCCAGCUCCUCGAGGCCGCGGGGAAGGAGUACUUCAAGCUCGUCACGGAGAUCGACGCGCUGACGGCGUCGGAGCUCGAGAAGAAGCGGCACCUCGUGUCGAAGAAGGAGGAGGACGUGGACGCGGCCCUCGAGCCCCUGCGCCUCGAGCUCGACGCGUGGAUGGAGGAGGUCGACCCGGACAACGAGCACCACAUCGCGAGCCACGACGGCGUCGCGCUCUCGCACGACGCGCAGAAGAUCCGCGCGGAGCUCAAGAAGCGCCACCACGGCCUCCAGUCCCGGCUCGACCGCGUCGAGGAGGACGCGACGCGCCGCGUCGACGCCGCGCGGAGCGAGGAGCGGGAAAAGAGCUCGACCCUGAUCCGCGAGGAGCGGGCGGCGCUCGACCGCGUCAAGGGCGAGCUCGCGCGGACCGUCGACGCGAGCGGCCGCGAGGUCGCGCUGCUCCGCGACGACCUCGCGCGCAAGGACCGCGUCAUCGUCGAGCUCCGCGCACAGCUCGCUCGCGCGCAGGCGGCGAGCGCCGCCGCCGCGGAGGCGUCGCCGCGCGAGACGCCCGCGGGCCUCGCGCCGGCGUGGGCGACGCCCGGGACGACGCCGGCGGCGGGGCAGUCGCCGCGCGCGCCGCCGCCGCCGCGGCCCGACACGGCGGACGACGCGGCGCUCGCGGCCGCGCUCGCGGCCGACGUCGAGGCCGCGCCGCUCAUCGUCCAGGCCGACGUCGUCGACGCCGUCGCCUGGGUCGAGCCGCGCCACUCGGCGCCGCCCGCGCGGCCGGACGCCGGCGCGCUCCUCCGGGACAACCUCGCGCCAGGCGGCGCGCUCCUCCGGGACAACCUCGUGCCAGGCGGCGCGCUCCUCCGGGACAACCUCGCGCCAGGCGUCCGGGACGACCUCGACGCGCUCCAGGCGCGCCAGGCGUCCCCGGACCGGCCCGGCGGCGGCCCGCCGGACAACAAGAAGAAGAAGCAGGGCGGCUGCGCGAUCUCCUAA